AUGCAAAGUAGUACUCCUAUAUGCAGGACUAUUGAAGCAGCUUAAAGCUUUGGAUUAGCAACAGGCCUUGUUUACAUAAACACGAGCACACACAUAUAAACAACCAUCAAUCUGAUGGCGGUGCUGGGAUCUAAUGAGGUUGGGCUUCGUAUGCUUCUUUAUCCCUUUGCUUCUAACGUUGUUGUCCGAACGGCUUGCUCUUCUGUUGGGGUAGCUCUACCUGUUUACUCUACGUUUAAGGCAAUUGAGACCAAAGAUCAAAUUGAGCAACAAAGGUGGCUUGUAUACUGGGCAGCCUAUGGAUCUUUCAGUGUUGCUGAAACCUUUGCGGACAAACUUAUCUCAUGGUUUCCAUUGUACCAUCAUAUGAAGCUUGCAUUUCUAAUUUGGCUUCAGCUUCCAUCUGUUAAUGGGGCGAGGCAGUUGUAUACAAGUCAUAUACGCCCUCUCUUCUUGAGGCAUCAAAGAAGACUCGACCAGGUUGUGGGAUUCUUAUAUACUCAGAUGGGAAAAUUUUUUAGUGCACGCGAGGCGGAAUUGCAGUUUGCAAAAGCUAUUGGAACAAAAAUCAUGGUAUCAGCCAAUCACAUUGUUAGGGAUAUCAUUUAUCCAAACCAAAAUCCUGCAAAUAGUACUAUUGAAGCUCCACCAAGACCUGACGAAGCUUCCAAUUCAGACCAUGACGAAUGAUGCGGCAAAGAAUUAUUUGUCCACUUUAUCUCAAAUACUCAAAUCCCUGGGUAUCUUCUUGAGGUUCAUGCAUGUUGGCUGAAUAUGAAAACAAAUAGCUUGUGAAUCACUUAGCUUUUGGCUGUUGUAGACUUGUAGUCAGUUUGUAAAUACAUAUUUUUAGGGUUCAAAUUCAUUUGCACUUGAGCUUUUUUCCAACAAUGUAUAUAUGAACUUUUUUUUUUGGAUGAAAUUGGUAGAUGUAGAUGGCCAUGCGAGAAUCUUAUGUUUAAUGGAUUAUCAUUUACUAUGCUAUGAAAUAGAUUACAAUGUUA